AUGCCUAUGCAGAGGCAAACCAUUCUAAAGCUACAACUGGUGGUACUUACCUUGGCCAAGAAAUUUAUGGUUGCUCUGAAGUAUUAUGUUCAAGGAAUCAAGGUGUCAGGCACAAAUGCGAUUGGCACAACGCCAGCGAGGCAGCGAGCAAGCCGGGGCUUGCGGCGGUACGAGAUUGUCACAGGAGGCGGCGACACUGACUUCCGCGUCGCCAAGCGGCGCUGGCCGCAGUCCCCUGCGGCUCUAGAGCUGGCACUUGUCGCGCUCAACAGCAGGUCAUUCGUCGUGAUCGUUCUCGAGAAGAAGUGCAGUGGGCAUCUCGGGGCGUGA